CCUUUUCUCCUGCUCACUCCCGCUUUCUGCGGAAAUGCAGCUCCCCAGCCAAACAAGCGAGCUCCGCAGCUAGCAUCCCACCCUGCUCAACAAGGGCAGCAGCGUCCUGCGGCCACGGUCCAUCCUGCCCCGGGCACAACUCGGGUCUCUCCGGAACCGGGCACUUCUGCAACUUGGGAGGAAACCCAGGGCAGAGAAAGGAGCCGUCACCUCCCCUGGCUGGGCUGGGGACUCGGCGGAUCGCAAUGAGCACCCUGUGUCUGAAGGAGAAGCUGCAGGCCCUCCAGUGCCACUUCACCUGGAACUUUGAAAUCAGAGACAAGGUAGAUGCAGCUCACCUCCUCCAAACUCUGGCUCUCAGGAUUGCCCACACUUACUACCAGAACCAGCCCACGCUCCUUGCCAUGAAGGCUUAUCUCUACCACCUACAUGGGCAAUAUGAAGACGCUCUGCAAAGCCUAAGAGAAGCUGAAGAGAUUCUGCAAAGAGAUCACCCAGAUAACUUCCCCCAGCAGGUCCUGGUCAUUUACGGAAACUACGCCUGGAUCUAUUAUCACUUGGACCACUAUGAUUUGGUUGAGCUUUACCUGGACAAGGUUAGAAAGAUCUGCAGCUCCCUGAAGAGCCGCUCUCCAUAUGCAGCUCAGAUCCCUGAGAUACAUGCACAGAAAGGCUGGUCUCUCCUGGCAGCAGGCUUCCGCAAUGGCAUUGAAGCCACAGAGUGUUUCCAAAUGGCAUUAAGAGAAGACGAAGCAAAUGGGGAAUUUCUUGGUGGGUUGGCAAUAGCGGUCUUUGCAUCAUGGUGUCACUCACAGGAGUUUGAAUUUUUGAAAGCAGCCGAAAAUAAGUUGGUUGCCAUUCUCCGUGAACAGCAGCAAAACUAUGCAGCUAAGGUGUAUUUAGCUGAGAUCCUUAAGGAAUCAGAUAGACAGCAAGCCGAAGCCCUCUUAGAAGAUGUUGUUCAGAAUAGCCUGGACCCUGAGGUCCUGAGACAUGCAGCCAAGUUCUUUGAACGAGAAUGCGUAGAAAAAAAGAUCUCUAUUCUAGAGCGAGCAAUAUCUCUGAACCCCAAUUAUCAUCUCCUUCACUAUGACCUUGGUUAUUGCUACAAGAUACAGUUGUGGGGGGCCAAAUCCAGCAGCAGAGAAGAAAUAUUGGCAGCAGCUAUUAAGUCCUUCAAAAAGGCUGUGCAGAAAGAUCCAGCCUCUGUGUUUUCAAGGCUGGCUUUAGCUGAAAUGUAUGGAGAAAACACACCUCACUACCAAGAAGAGAUUUAUCUCAAUCUCAUGAGUAAAAUGCCCAGCCUCAGCAAGAAGUGUCAGCAAGCAGUCUACCUUCACUGGGGGGAUUUCCUCUUCUACAAGCAGAAGUCAGUGUGGGAGGCAGCUAAGGUGUACAAAGCAGGUCUUGCCAUUUCAGACAACUACCCGGAGAGGAAAAAACUGAAAAGGAGGUUGGAAGAGGUGGCAGGAGAAUUCCAGAAGAGCUCCCAAACCUCUGAGGCUGAGGCCAUACAUGACUUCAUUCAACAGAAUGAAAGUCCGUGGUACAUGGGGAGAUCCACUGGUGGCAACAACAGAGCAGGAGUACUGGCAGAUGUAUGAGGAAAAUGCCGCGGAAUCCUUCCCU